UUUUGCUAUUUGUCUGAAAGUGGCCACACACACACACACACACACACACACAUAUCCCCUGGUGGGUCAUGUGACCCCGGUAGAUCUCUUCUCAUAAGGGCGCUGUGUGGAGCUUCUGAAAUCUGGGGAGAUUUUUCUCUGCAGAUGCAGGAAGAAAGCAGGUGGAUGGAUGAAUAAGUAUGGCCUUGCUCCUGGUCUUCUCGCUGGCAUUCCUGAGCUUAGGCUCAGGAUGUCAUCAUCGGAUCUGUCACUGCUCUCACAGGGUUUUCCUCUGCCAAGAGAGCAAGGUGACAGAAAUUCCCUCUGACCUCCCCAGGAAUGCCGUUGAACUAGUUCAUGUGAACAUUCGACAUUUGCUCUGCACACAGAGGUUUGUCCUCACCAAGCUUCGAGUCAUCCCAAAAGGAGCAUUUUCUGGAUUUGGGGACCUGGAGAAAAUAGAGAUCUCACAGAAUGAAGUCUUGGAAGUGAUAGAGGCAAACGUGUUCUCCAACCUGUCCAAAUUACAUGAAAUUAGAAUUGAAAAGGCCAACAACCUGCUAUACAUCGACCCUGAUGCCUUCCAGAGCCUUCCCAACCUACGAUAUUUGUUAAUAUCCAACACAGGUAUUAAGCACUUGCCAGCUGUUCACAAGAUUCAAUCUCUUCAAAAGGUUCUACUAGACAUUCAAGAUAAUAUAAACAUCCACACGGUUGAAAGAAAUUCUUUCAUGGGGCUGAGUUUUGAAAGUAUGAUUUUAUGGCUGAAUAAGAAUGGCAUUCAAGAAAUACACAACUGCGCAUUCAACGGAACCCAACUAGAUGAGCUGAAUCUAAGUGAUAACAAUAAUUUGGAAGAAUUGCCUAAUGAUGUUUUCCACGGAGCCUCUGGACCAGUCAUUCUAGACAUUUCAAGAACCAGGAUCCAUUCCCUGCCUAGCUAUGGCUUAGAAAAUCUCAAGAAGUUCCGGGCCAGGUCAACAUACAACUUGAAAAAGCUUCCCAGUCUGGAGAAGUUUGUCGCCCUCAUGGAGGCCAGCCUCACCUACCCUAGCCAUUGCUGCGCCUUUGCAAACUGGAGACGGCAAAUCUCUGAGCUUCAUCCGAUUUGCAACAAAUCUAUUUUAAGACGAGAAAUUGAGGAUAUGACUCAGGCUAGGGGUCAGAGAAUCUCUUUGGCAGAAGACGAGGAAUCCAGUUACGCCAAAGGAUUUGACAUGAUGUACAGUGAAUUUGACUAUGACUUAUGCAAUGAAGUGGUUGAUGUGACUUGCUCCCCUAAGCCAGAUGCAUUCAAUCCAUGUGAAGAUAUCAUGGGGCAUGAUAUUCUCAGAGUCUUGAUAUGGUUUAUUAGCAUCCUGGCCAUCACAGGGAAUAUCAUUGUGUUGGUGAUCCUGAUUACCAGCCAAUACAAACUCACAGUCCCCCGGUUCCUUAUGUGCAACCUGGCCUUUGCCGAUCUCUGCAUUGGAAUCUACCUGCUGCUCAUAGCAUCAGUUGAUAUCUACACCAAAAGCCAGUACCACAACUAUGCCAUUGACUGGCAAACUGGAGCAGGCUGUGAUGCUGCUGGCUUUUUCACAGUCUUUGCCAGUGAGCUCUCAGUCUAUACUCUGACAGCCAUAACACUGGAAAGAUGGCACACCAUCACCCAUGCCAUGCAGCUAGAGUGCAAAGUGCAGCUCCGCCACGCUGCUGGGGUCAUGCUGCUUGGCUGGAUCUUUGCUUUUGCAGUUGCACUCUUUCCCAUCUUUGGCAUCAGCAGCUACAUGAAGGUGAGCAUCUGCCUGCCCAUGGAUAUUGACAGCCCCGUGUCACAGCUGUAUGUUAUGUCCCUCCUUGUGCUCAAUGUCCUGGCCUUUGUGGUCAUCUGUGGCUGCUAUGCUCACAUCUACCUCACAGUGAGAAACCCCAACAUCGUGUCCUCCUCUAGUGAUACCAAGAUUGCCAAGCGCAUGGCCAUGCUCAUCUUCACAGACUUCCUCUGCAUGGCGCCCAUCUCCUUCUUUGCCAUCUCUGCCUCCCUCAAGGUGCCCCUCAUCACUGUGUCCAAGUCAAAGAUCCUCCUGGUCCUGUUCUAUCCCAUCAAUUCCUGUGCCAACCCCUUCCUCUAUGCCAUCUUCACUAAGAACUUCCGCAGGGAUUUCUUCAUCUUGCUGAGCAAGUUUGGCUGCUAUGAAAUCCAAGCUCAGACUUAUAGGACAGAAACUUUAUCCACUGCCCACAACUCCCAUUUGAGAAAUGGCCACUGCCCUCCAGCUCCCAGGAUUACCAAUUAUACGCUUGUCCCUCUACGCCAUUUAGCCCAGAACUAAAACAUUAUGUGCAAAUGUAGCUCAGUGUUGAAUGAUAAUUGAAGUCUCACCUUUGAAGUAUAUGCUAUGGCAUAGCUGACAGAGUACUUCUAUAUUCUUCAUCCAAUUUAACCUCCCUGGUACACCUAAAAGGCAAAUUGCUCAGGAACUAUUACUCUAUGUGAUCAAUUAGGAAGCUCAAGUAGUAACAACAUUCAUAAUUAAAAUAAUACUACAUUACUUGUGUUUUAUGCUUUAUAAUGUUCACAGUGCUUUUGUUCAGAUCAUCUCAACUGAUCUCUAUAUAAGUCCUAUUAAAUAUGGAAAACAGGGAUUGUUCUUGGGAGUUUUAUAGACAAACAGACUCAAAGGAUUAAGUGACUGAUUCCAAAUGGCUUGGCUUAUAAGAGGCAUUAGAUGUUCUGGUUUCCAAAGAACUUCCAAGGGAAGCAGCACAAUAUUCAUUCAUUCAUUUAACAAAUAUUUACCCAAUACCUAUGUGGUGGCUUUGUUAUGUGUCAACUUGAAUAGACUGAACUACAUUACCCAGAAUUCCCUUAUGUGUUUCCCAUCAAGGUGGGCCACAGGGAAGAUUCCUUGGAAAAGUGAUCACGGGAAGCUCUAGCCAUUUUGUCACUCUUACACUUUGUUGCUGAUCAGUUGACUUAGCUCACUGCUAUGAAACAGCUACAGGACCUGCAAGGCUCCACCUUCCCCUGGAUCCUCCCCUUCAGGUUCUCUGACUCCUGGGCCAAGUAUAUGUGUUUCAUUCCAUGAUGAAGAACCCUAGUUUCUGCAGAAUUCUUUUAUGAACAAGGGGGAGAGGCAACAAGAUGGCAAUGGAGCUCGGUUUGAUCUCAUGGUGUUCCAGCUCAUGCUGUGGCUUCCAGCAUGCUUGUCAUCUUCCCUUUAUCACUGCCUCUUCUGUGGACUCCAGCAUCAAAUGUAGAUAUGACAUCCUUACAGGGAUUUGCGUAACUAAUCUCCAAAAUUGAAUUAGCCAAUUCCCUGUAACAGAUAUUUAUCACACACACACAUGCAUGCAUGCCUGCCUGCUCUGUUUCUUUAGGUGAACCCUAAUUCACAAAAGAUAAAGCUACUAUAUGCCAUACAUAUAGGCUAUAAUAUUAAGAACAUAGCAGCUUUAAAAUCAGAACUGAGAUUUUAUCCUAAAUCUAUGAUAAGUCAAGACACCACCUCUCCAGGCUCCAUUUCUUUCUCUGUUAACUGGAGUUGGUUGUAAUUCCCACCCAUUAGGCUUAUUGUAAGAAUUAGGUAAGAAAAUGGAUACUAACAGGCUUUUCUCCCUUCAGACCAGUACCUGGACUAGUGUCCAGUUCUCCUGACCCUUGAUCUAGAAAUCAUUCCAUUAUACCAUAUUGUUCCUGAUAAAUAACUAUACUUUCCAUACCUAUUUUCAUGAAAGACACCAUCUGGAUAGCCUAGAUCAUAAAUACUAAUCAUAAAAAUCUUCAAGUACUGUGCCAUGACCACUUCACAAAGCUUUGAGUCUCCUGAGUAUCCCCUUUCCAUGUUAAAGCCAAUCCUUUCUCUUAUUGCCCUAUGGCAAACAUUUCAUAAGUUGGUCCCAGAUACAUUAACAAGGAGGUCCUUAUAGGGCUAGAAGAAAAAGUAAUCAUCUCUGCCUAUGUACCAUUUUGAUCUGUUGUGAGCAUCAGGUGAAAAAUAGAAUGAUUAUCUUUUUAGAAGUAGUCUAGACCUAUGGUAUUCAGUACAGUACCCCCUGACUACACAUGGCUACUGAGCACUGAAAAUAUGGCUAGCUCGUAUUCAGACAUGCUAGAAGUACAAAAGGCAACUUGAUUUCAAAUAGUACCAAAAAAUAAAAUAACUGAUGUAUCUUAGUAAUUUUUAAUACUGACUACCAAUUAGAAUAAUAGUAUUUCAGAUACAUAGAGAUAAAUGUAUUUAAAACUAACUUCAUCUAUUUCUUUUUGCAUUUUUUAAAUAGGGCUACUAGAACAUUUGAAAUUACAUACGGGGGUCAUGUUUGUGGCUCAUGUUAUACUUCUGCCAGAGGACACUAGUCUAGUACUACAUGAAAAGAAAGCAUUUUCCUCCCUGGUCCGCAUACCAGUUUGCCACACUAUUAGGCUGUCCCAGCUCCAUCUGCAGUUAUAUUUCUUCCUUGUUUUUGUCCAAAGGGAAUAGGUUUCUGAAUUUGGAUUCAUAAGCAAGUAGAAGCUAAAUUUAAACUUAGAUACAAUAUUAAUUAUUUCACAACAUAGCUGUGGAUGACACACUGGUUUAACAGUGGUUCUGAAAGGCAAGAAUAUGUUUAGAGAAAAAUACACAACAAGAGAAGCUCAUAAGACUUUUGUUCCAUCACUCUAUCACUACAACACUUCCUGGUAAGAAAUAAGAUUUUUCUCAAAAAAGCAAACAUAUUUAUAGGGUGCUAAAUUUAGUGCUUUAAACUCUUAAGUCUUAAGGGGAAAAACCCUAUAUUUCCUGUAUUUGAAUAAAAACAGUUGGAGUCCAGUGGAGUCCAGUGUCUCAAUCACUCUUUUCCCAUUUAAAAAAAAAUGAUUAUAUAGGUAACACCUCUAGAUUGUGCUUCCUGGAGUAAUGCUUCAGUCCCAGAGUACUAAUUCAGAUUUUAAACACACACAUACACACACACACACACACACACACACCCCAAAAGAAAUUAAAAUGUUAUCCCAGGUUGUUUUUAUAAAACUUUUAUUUCAAACCUCUAACACCACAGAGGACCUGUAUCUCCCAACGAUUUUUCAAUUCCCAUAAUUCCAGAGGUGAUAUUCAAAAUAUUAUUAACUGUCAGAGCUCAGGUACUGAUCUCUCAGAAUGAACACUGACUGCCAAUAACUCAUUUGGCCAUCCUUGUGUAAACUGGGUGACUGGCAGCCCUGUCUAAGUUUCUCUCCCACGCUCUGACCUCAACCUGAACCUGUUCCCAUGGCUCUCUCAAACUUUUACCUACCACAAAUUCCUUCAGUCCCAUCCUGGCUCACCCCUCAUAUUACCUUCCCCUCCAUCUUCACUCCAGAUUCUCUUUCACUGCCUAAGGUGCAGUCAGACAAUGUACACUCCUCCUCAGAGGGAUCAGUAUAGAGGCUGAAUGAGUACAUCCAGAAGCUUUUAGUAAGGAGAAUGAAGUGAUGAACGAGGCACACAGAUUAAUACAAUUUUUAACUUGCUAUAUACAGAAACAGUACUGGUGGGGGAGGGAGGGCAUGGCACACAAAAUUGUAUUUUACUACAGAGCUCAGUGUGUGUUAAACAUGGAGAACCUUUCAGACCUUUUUUUCUGGAAGGGAUGCAUGGAAGGAGUAAUCAAACAAGAAGAAAGGCUCUUCUGUACUUGCAUCACCAAUACGCUGUAGAUCUUAUCAGAAUGGACACUCUGCCUUUAGUCAUCCAGCAUGAUAUACCAUUCAUUAGAAAAUCAGAAAAAGAUUACUGAAACCAAUUUUUUUACUCUAGUGUGAUGGCCAUAGGCUUUGGAUUCACUAAGUAUUUUAUUAGAAAAGUUUAUAAAGACAAUCAAGGAAUGAACUCUCAGCUUCUGGAUAGUAAAGGGCAUUGGAGAAAGCCACGUAAAUAGAAUGCUUUGUCUGUUUAAUAUGUGAAAUUAAAGAAACUAAAAGUUAGCAUAAAAUAAAAGCCCAACCACGAGGUUGUGCUUGCUAGUUCCCAUCUAAAUGGUUUUAGCUUAGGUAGCAGAAAUUCCAACUAAAAAUAGCUUAAACAAUAAAGCCAAUUACAUAAGAUGCUCCAGACUUGGAUGGGCAGCUCGGUGGUCUCAAGGAUCCAGGAUCUUUCCAUGUUUUUCUCUGCCAUCCUUGCAGUGUUCAAUCAUGAUUCUCCCUUGGUAGCAAAACUGUAGCAACUGUAGUAACACCAGAUGCCAUAUGCAGACCAAAUGCAAACUGUAGCAACUCCAGAUGCCAUAUGCAUUUAGACCAAAUCUAGAAAUGAAGAUAGGUCUUUCCCUCUCUUUGUCUCUCUUUUCAAAGAGAUGAAAAUUUCUUCCAAAAGACCUUUAGCAAACAUCUCUUCCUACCUGUUAUUCCAGAUUACCAUCCUGGAAGCAAAAGAGAUAGCAAAAUGAAAUCUGCCACCUUUAGCCUCUGUAGUGCAAGUACAGCCCUGCCAGCUAAAGUGGAAGGGGAAGCUUCAGUGGAAAGAAUGAUGGGUAGGCAAUCUCAUCCCACCACCUGAUUUAACCCAAACCCUUGCCUAUGAGAUGAAGCCAGGGAGCUAAGGUCAGGAAGCACAGGACACCUUCACAUCUCCUAUAUUAUGUUCUCAUCCCUCACUCCUCUCUCCCUCUACCCAUAGUCCAUAGUCAAGCUCCUCGUACCCAUGUUAGUCUGUCUUCUCUGGAACAAACUCUAGAAGUUGCUUAGAUCUGAAGGAAGCCACUGGAAUCAAACAUUAUCUAAGAAAUAUUCAUUCAAGGCAAGAUAUGUUAAAUGAAAGGGACAAAGAGAAGAAAAAAAGAAGUACAAGGACAGGAAGAGGGAUGACAUGAGAAGAGAGAAAGCCAAGACAAAUUAAAUAAAAGGGCAAUGUGGAAGGGGGCCAGGCUCAGGUCGUAUCUUUUUAGGGUAGAACUUUCCCAUCUCAGUCUUUAAACCCUCUCAACUUGCUGCAAAGAGUUCAACUGAAAACAAUGUGCUCAGACUUAGAUCCCAGUAAAAAGGCCCAUUGGUCAUUAUGUCAUGUUCUGGACUUCCCAGGAUUCUGCAUACCAUGAUCUAGAGCCCCAGGACCUAGUUUAAAGGAUGAGCAAUAAGAAAAUAUUUCUGAAGGUCUUCAAGGCUCCUCAUUUCAGACAUCAGAAAACGUAAGGAAAACUCACUCCUUUUCAUGACCCAAAGUCUUCCUAACAUUCUAUUCUCUCCAAUAGUAUUAUCUGCAGCCCUGGGAUCUCCUUGCAUACAUAAGUCUCAAAAAAUGUACUAAAUCCCAAAAUUGUAAGAGCACUCUAUUUGUACACUCUUGCUUCCUUUUCUUAACAGAGAAUCCCUUGAAUCUUGAAACACUCCUUAUAAACAAACACAAAAGAAGAAGAAUGUAAAGCAAUUUUAUUUUUAGUGAUCCUACAUAAGCUACAAAGAGCAUGUUGGCUCUGCCUUUAGUGAAAUUUCAGGCAAUUUUCCCCUCACAUGUCAUUAGCCAGGGUCAUUUAAACUUCCCAGAUAUUAAUGAGUUACUUGAAGAUAAAGUUUGGGUAGACAAGGUUUUAAGUUGUUUCAUUCAGUUUCAUUCACAGAAGCCAUACCACAGGGUUCCUGUCACAAACAAACAAACAAAAAAAUCUAUCUCCCAAAUGACUAAAUGUUCCUGAUUUCCAGGGAGGGGGAGAAAGGGGGAGAAGAAAACUUGAAAAAUACCUUUAAGAGUACACUGCCUUAAAAAAAAAAAAAAAAAA